AACACCUGAGUGUUAUCGGCGUUAUCGGCUGAAGCUAACCUGGUUAAGCGGCGGCCAACUUUGCAGCGGGACAGACGCCGAGCAGACGGACGAGCAGCGCCAACGCGACCGCCACCAGUUGCUCCAAUCCAAUCCCACCCAACCAGUGCCAGCUGUGCUCCACCUAUUCCCCCAGCUCCACGUGUCCGGGAGAAAGCGAUAACGGUGAUGCAGGCGCAGGGAUUGCACCUGGUGCUCCUGGCCCUCCUGCCCACACUGGCCCUCGGACUGCUGGAGGGCCUCUACUGCGGCAAGGAGGACUGCUACGAUGUGCUGGGUGUCAACAGGGAGUCGUCCAAGUCGGAGAUCGGCAAGGCCUACCGCCAGCUGGCCAGGCGCUAUCAUCCGGAUCUGCAUCGCGGCGCGGAGGCCAAGGCGGCGGCGGAGACACAAUUCAAGCUGGUGGCCACCGCCUACGAGAUCCUGCGCGACGAGGAAUCGCGCACGGACUACGACUACAUGCUGGACAACCCGGAUGCAUACUAUGCGCAUUACUAUCGCUACUACCGGCGACGCGUGGCGCCCAAGGUGGAUGUGCGCGUGGUGAUCGUGGUCGUGUUGACCAUUGUCUCCGUCAUUCAGUACUAUUCCGGCUGGCAGCGCUACGACUCGGCCAUUAAGUACUUCGCCACGGUGCCCAAGUAUAGGAACCAGGCCCUGGACAUAGCCCGCGACGAGAUCCAGGAGAGGAUUCAGAAAAAGGGCAAAAACAAAAUGUCGAAAAACGACCAGCGCGAGGAGCUGGAGCGGAUCAUCCGGCGGGUGAUCGAGGAGAAAAUGGACGUGAAGGGCGGCUAUGCGAAGCCGACCCUGUGGGAUGUGCUGUGGGUGCAGCUUAUCAUCUGCCCGUACACGAUACUGUCGUUCAUCGUGUGGCAUGCCCAGUGGUUCUGGCGCUACACGGUGAUGAAGCAGCCGUACGGUCGGGAGCAGAAGCUGCACCUGAUCCGCCGCCACCUGGGCAUGGGUCAACAUCAGUUCGAGGCGCAGGAGGACAAGCUGAUCGAGGAGUAUUUGCAUCUGGAGCUGUGGGAGCGGGACAAUUUCGUCGCCUGGAAGGCGGAACAGGAUGAGGAGAUGAAGAAGAAGCUGGCGGAGAAUCCGCGCUACAAGGCCUACAGGCGGUACAUGAAGAACCACGGACCCGGUCGCAUCACCUUUGAGGAUUAGCCGGUUCAAGUUUUAUUGUUCCAUCUGGAGUAUGUUGUGUGUGUAAAACCGAUCCAUAUUCCUCGCCCUCGCCAAUCCCUACCAUCUAAAAUUUGAUAUAUAUAUAUAUGUAUAUUUUUUGUACACCGACUAAAAUAUGAAUUAUGUUAAUGCCCCGGCGUCCGCCGAAGGGCGAAACGUUGACCCCCGCCGGAGUGAUCUGCCAAAACCGGUUCAAGAACGUGGCCAAGUUCGGUUCUCGUCGCCACAGUGGCCGCUGGCUAGCGUGGACGAACCACCUUAGAACAAUUACCCCCCUGUCGGUCACAAAAUCCACGUCGUACGCGUGUUUCCAACUAACUUGACUAACCCGAGUAAUGUAAUAAACUAGAUAGAAUUUA